UCAGGCAGACGCGCUGGCAAAAGUAAACGUCAAAGUGGUGACACGGAAAUGUCACUAAAACGUGGAUACGUGGUAGUCAAAGCACCUUUCUGAACGUUGGAGGUGUCGAUGUGCUGGAUGGAUCAAGCUUGAGCGGCUGCUGACACAUUGUGACACGUUUUCCCCCCCAAAUGGAGCGGAGGCUUGCAGAUUUCAGGGCUCGGCGACAGGCUAAAAGGGCUUCCGGUCGCGAGCAGGUAGUCGCCACUGUUCCCACAACUAUCGUGGAAGCGCCUUCAAGCCUUCCGCUGAAUGAGCAAAAUUCAGGAUUGGGCCCCUCAACAGAGGCCGGUCGCGACUGGAUGUUGGACAGCUCGUGGGGGAGAUGGCUGUCCACAAGAUAUGACCUUUCCAACAUCACCCUGCUCAAAGUCCUGCUCUGGGUGGUCCUGCUCAGCUUUUUCAUGGAGCUGGAAUUCGGCUUGCCCUUCUUCAUCGUCUCCCUCUUCUACUGGCUGUACGAGGGACUGCGUGACCCGGAUGAUCGUGAGCCUGGGGAGAUGAGUGCUUAUUCCGUCUUCAACCCGGACUGUCAACCACUGCUAGGCGCUCUCACCGCGGAGCAGUUGGAGGCGGAGAUGGGCUACAGACCCCUUGCAAACAGAUGAAAUGCAUAUAAAUUGCACUUGUAUCUUGACUUGAAUUGUCAUUACAAUGUAUUUGAUGUCAUUAAAUGUGAUUUGUCUAUUGACA